GAAUUUCCUUGUUUGUAGACCGCUGGUCUAUCUUAAGCAGCAUUUUCACACGAGUUCUAAAACGACGUUCUCUGUGAGAUGUGCCAAUAUUUAUUUAGAAAUUACGUGUUUUCUUUAUUUGACAAGUUUUUCAUGUGCCAAUUUUCACAUUGUCGAGAAGAAGUGGAUUGAAAUAUGCAAACUGAUAAUUAUGAAUGGGUUAUGGCAACUCAAAAUUUGAUGGUGAUUAUUUUCCGCGGUAUUUUAAAUCAGUGUUUGCGCUUAUCAACAGGAUUGUGACCUUAGAAGCUGGUUUGCGGUGCUAUAGAUUAUUAUACUAUUAGGUCUUAGGUUUUACGAAACUGAAACAAGGCCAAAUAUUUUUGAUUCGUAAGCGUGGAACAUCUAAAAGGUACAGAGAAGCGUCGACCUUGUGCUAGAAUAAAAUGUGGGAGAUGAGUACUAUGGAACGAAGAUACUCAGUGCCCCCAAGCACCCUUUCAGAUCCUUCUGGACGAUGUCAAACGACAGAAGACUUACAUGCAUGGAGUAUCUAUAGGCAAAAUCUUAACUCAGAUUUCACAGACAGCGCUCUUGAUACAGGCCACAAAUCACAACCUCCAUUCGGUAACUUCAGACUUCGUGAAAGCACUGUACAGACUAUACUUAACCAUCCCAAGUAUGGACCUAGAGAGCGUAAUUCCGAACUGGGAUCGAACGUUUUCACUUACCUCAGGUUUGGGUUGCCCAGAGUGUUGCCACAUCCUACAACUCACGCAAAACCCCUUAGGAACGGUUCAUCCGGAUAUGACUCUAGCGAUGACAACGGUGGAUCUCCCUACAUCAAUGGUCGAAAUCGCCGGACCAGGAGCGAUCCGGAUUUCCGGAACCAUGUGAUUCCUUCCAAUGCCUCUGGCAUCGAUUCUGAAAGUAGGAAAGCAUCCCGCCUAAAGGCGAGCAGUGAAGCAGAUCUUUUGAGUGUUGACAAUCGGGCCUUGACGAGGCAACAAGCACUCAAAGCGAGAGAAGACGCUAGGGAAGGAUAUCAGAGAAAUCCUAUGCCAGGAAACGGUCAUGUGAUUUCUCCUGGUUCAAAAGCUGGAUCGCAUAUUUCUGUCAAUUCCAGGAUGUCGCCAGACCAUGUUUCACACCGGAGUCAUUCCAAACAUAUGGAUGGUUUCUAUAGUCACGAUGCACCAAUGCUGAACGAAAGGUUUUUUCCAAAAGACAGUUUUUAUUCCUCCUUACCAGGAGCUAACAACGAUGGAGGUUUACCAAGAUAUCCUCACUUACAAGUACGAGACCUUAGCUACGAAUUAGAUAUGUCUUCUGCAUGGCAUACUUUAUGUGGUGGUGCCCGGACAAAAUUAAGAAUGUUGGAAGGUUUGUCAUUUGAAGCAAGAGGUGGCGAAAUAUUGGCUAUAAUGGCUACUACAGAAAAUGAAGGCACUUCUUUGUUAGACAUUCUUGCCAACAGACAUCGUAAGUGGCGGUGUCGCUUACGAGGAGAAUUCAUGGUCAACGGCCUUUAUCUGACUCUAAAGAAAUUAGAAAAAUGUGUUGCAUAUGUCCAGCGGCACACAGAUUUUGGACCGGACAUGAGUGUCCGGCAAACUUUACUCUUUACCUCCCUUUUACAAGAACCGGAUAACAACAGGGGUUUCGAUACGAAGAGUAGAAUAAAUGCUCUUAUAGAAGAUCUUGGCUUGGGACAAGUAAAACACACUCGUGUAUCAGAUCUUACAGAGUCUGAAAAGCGACGGUUAAAUGUUGCCUCACAGCUUCUUCUUGACACAGAUAUUGUACUUCUGGACCAACCAACAAAAGGAAUGGAUAUAUUUGAUACCUUUUUCCUGGUCGAAUACUUACGCCAAUGGGCAGCAAGAGGAAGGAUUGUCAUCAUGACUAUACAUCCUCCAACAUAUGAAAUUUUCACAAUGAUUUCAAGAAUUGCCGUCAUUUCUACGGGAAGAAUGUUAUUCUUUGGGAAACGAAGAGACAUGCUUCCUUACUUUGCUUACAUUGAUUUUCCAUGUCCAGCCUACAAAAAUCCUUCUGAUUAUUAUCUUGAUCUUGUCACACUGGACAAUCUCUCUGCUGAAGCAAUGCUGGAAUCAAGUCAAAGGGUCGAAAACUUAGUCGAAUUAUUCAGACGUAGACAAGAACCAUUAGGUGAUCCUGGACCACCUGGGGUUCCUCCAGCAACUGUCAAGAGAGCAAAUAUUUUUACUCAGGUGCUAACUUUGUGGAUUCGUGUGCUUAUUUACACUUUUCCAUUUAACGUGGUCCACUUUUGUGGUGAAGUGUUUGUGGCUGCAUUGAUGUCGGUAUGCAUCGGUGCUGCUUUUUGGAAUGUGAGAAGUGGUAGAGAACAAGAACACAUAGAGGACAGAUUUGGUUUUUACUAUGUAAUGCUGACAAUGGGAGUAUGGCCUACCCUUCUUUACACCAUAUCAAGAAUAUGGAAGGAAAAAGCAACAGUUGUUAGAGAUACAAGAGAACGUUUGUAUCACAAGUUUACUUAUGCUUUAUGCAAGCUUACAUAUAGUUUAAUACCAGCGGGUGCUGUUGCUGUCGCCUAUGCUGUACCAGCAUAUUCUAUGGCAGGCCUCCAAACUACUUCCAGAGUUCGCCCCUUUGGAAUUUACAUAGCAUAUAUGAUUCUUUAUCUGCUCACUCUUCGCAUCAUGGUCAUCGCCUGCAGCUGGGCCAGUUCAACUCGCCAUAAAGCUGCUUCGUGGGCUGGAUUGAUAUUCACAAUCCUGGCUUUAGCUGCUGGCUAUACUGUACCACUGAAAGACAUUUUCCUCGUCUUUAAUUGGUCUCGAUGGGUAUCACCAGUAAGAUGGGUAUAUACUCUCUUGGUACAAAACGAAUUCAAUUCAUCCCUAGCUGAUGAAGUAAGGUACUCUUGUUCACGGAAUCCUGUCAUCCAGCAAGAAAAUGCUAUUUUGAUGAGGGCAGAAUGUGGCAUUUCAAACGAUAUGGAUGCCUUGAAAUUCCAUGGUGCACAAGAGCAAUAUCCUCUUUACCAACCCAUUAGCAUCGUGGUCGUGUUCCAUGCUGUUUGUUUGGUGCUGGGCUUGUUUCUGUUCUUCACAGUUAGCAACUCCAAAAAGAAGCCUGAAAAAGAGCGCUCUUGAGUCGCCAUCAAAACUUGGCUUUAAUUCAUAAUUGCCAUUCUGUCAAAGUUGCCAACUCUGUGUGAACAAACAUCACAAGUGAAAAAAAUUCCAGAAUUACUUUUGAUAAAAACAAUGUCUGAUUAAGUCUUAAGAUUUUAUACAGGCUAUCAUUUUUUUAAAAAAAAACUAUUUCUACAAACGAUGCACUGAGUGUAUGAAUUGACUGUAGGGAAUGUUUAUGAAGUUAUUUAUUAAAGCAUAGUCUGGUUUGUCAACUUAAAGCAUAUUUGGAAGACAGAUCUUUUAUAUUCAAUACUUGUUUGAAGAAUUAUCUCUUGUACUCCAGCAGCUACCAUUUUGUGUGCCAAACUGUAGCUAUUUAAUACAAUCCACUCUGCAGGAAGAUUUCUUUCAAACAAACAAAAAAAAAACUUUGUAGCUUGCCUAAUUUUCCUGCUGUGACUGUAAAUUUUCAUAUUUAACCGGUUUUAAUUAUACUUGUCUUUGCCAGUUUAUUGUAAAUAAAAUAUAUGUUUAUUA